CCUGAGCAUCACUAGACAAAGGCGGCGGCCCCUCGGCGCGGCGCGGCGCGGCGGGCGAGACCGGGCGCGGCCCGCGGCGGGCGGCGGCGGGCGGCAGGUGCGGACCCCUUCAGCGCUUCCGCGGGAGCGGCUCGGCCCCCGCCCAGCCCCGUGGAGCCGCAGCGGCGCCGUCAAUCAGCGUGUCCCCCCCCGCUCCCUCCUCCGCCCUCCCCUCCCGCACGCCUCGGCGCUCUGCAUCGGGCUCGGUGACAGCAGCGGGCUGGAGACACCCUCGCCGAGCGCGGCGGGAGGCUCCGCUUCCAGCCAGCACCGAGAAGCGGGGGCAGCGGCGGCUCCUGGCUGCCCGCAACCCGCCGGCAGCCCUCGCCGACCCCCCGGCGCCCGCCUGGCAGGGCUGCCGAAGCAUGCGGAGCCAUGGGCCAGGGCUGCGGACACUCCAUCCUCUGCCGGAGCCAGCCGUACCAGGCGGCCGCGUCUGACCUACGGGGCCAGCAGGUUUUCCUGAAGGUGGAGGACGCCGUACCCGGCUCCGAGGCGCUACAGGAUGCCCUGCUGAGCCUAGGGGCCGCCAUCGAUGCCGCCGGGCUACGGGAUGCCCUCCGCCAUGGCCUGCUGGCCCUGCUGCCCGCUGCGGAGCACGUCUACAUCUACCUGCUGGACGGGGACACCCGGCUGAUCUGCGACGACCCCCCCCACGAGCUGCCGUCCGAGGGGAAGCUCAGGGAUGCGGUGCGGAGGCAGAAGCGGCUGGAAUGCGGGGGGCUGCCCCCCGCUGAGCUCCCUGGUCGGCAGCUGGGGCCCCUGGCAGCACCCCUGGCCCCCGGCACGCAAGUGCUCAUCAUCCCACUGGUGGACAAGGACAGCGGGGCCGUGGUGUGCGUCAUCCUGGUACACUGUGGCCAGCUGAGUGACUCGGACGAGCAGAACCUGCGUGCGCUGGAGAGACACACCCUGGUGGCGUACCGGCGCCUGCAAGCCCUGCAGAAGCUGCAGCCCUGGCCCCAGGUCAGCCUCUCCACCAGCUCCUCCCAGAACUCCCUGGCCAAGCCCGAGAAGGCGCCCGACAGCGGCUACAGCGACCUGGACUGCAAGAUCCUGCAGCUCUGCGGUGAGCUGUACGACCUGGAUGCCGCCUCGCUCCAGCUCAAGGUCGUCAACUAUCUGAAGCAGGAGACCCAGUCGCUCUGCUGCUGCCUCCUGCUCGUCUCCGAGGACAACCACCAGCUCUUCUGCCAGGUGGUGGGGGACCGCGUCCUCGAGGAGGAGAUCAGCUUUUCGCUCACCUUCGGGCGCCUGGGACAGGUGGUGGAGGACAAGAAGUCCAUCACCUUGAAGGACAUCAGCGAGGAGGAGCACAAGCAGCUGAGCAGCAUGUUGGGCUGCGAGGUCACCUCCAUGCUCUGCGUCCCCGUCAUCAGCCGGGCCACCUCCCAGGUGGUGGCACUGGCCUGCGCCUUCAACAAGCUGAGCGGGGACAGCUACACGGAGGCGGACGAGCACAAGAUCCAGCACUGCUUCUGCUACACCUCCACGGUGCUCACCAGCACCUUGGCCUUCCAGAAGGAGCAGAAGCUGAAGUGCGAGUGCCAGGCCCUGCUGCAGGUGGCGAAGAACCUCUUCACGCACUUGGACGACGUCUCGGUCCUGCUGCAGGAGAUCAUCACCGAGGCCCGAAACCUCAGCAACGCCGAGAUCUGCUCCGUCUUCCUGCUGGACCGCCUCAGCCACGAGCUGGUGGCCAAGGUCUUCGACGGCGGCGUGGUGGACGACGAGAGCUACGAGAUCCGCAUCCCCGCGGACCAAGGCAUCGCUGGCCAUGUGGCCACCACGGGCAAGAUCCUGAACAUCAAGGACGCCUACUCCCACCCGCUCUUCUACCGCGGGGUGGACGACAGCACCGGCUUCCGCACCCGCAACAUCCUCUGCUUCCCCAUCAAGAACGAGAGCCAGGAGGUCAUCGGGGUGGCGGAGCUGGUCAACAAGAUCAACGGCCCCUGGUUCAGCAAGUUCGACGAGGACUUGGCCACCGCCUUCUCCAUCUACUGCGGCAUCAGCAUCGCCCACUCGCUGCUCUACAAGAAGGUGAACGAGGCGCAGUACCGCAGCCACCUGGCCAACGAGAUGAUGAUGUACCACAUGAAGGUGUCGGACGACGAGUACACCAAGCUGCUGAGCGAGGGCAUCCAGCCCGUGUCAACCAUCGACCCCAACUUCGCCAGCUUCACCUACACCCCGCGCUCGCUGCCCGAGGACGACACCUCCAUGGCCAUCCUGAGCAUGCUGCAGGACAUGAACUUCAUCAACAACUACAAGAUGGACCGCCAGACGCUCACCAGGUUCUGCCUGAUGGUGAAGAAGGGCUACCGCGACCCCCCCUACCACAACUGGAUGCAUGCCUUCUCCGUCUCCCACUUCUGCUACUUGCUCUACAAGAACCUGGAGCUGGUCAACUACCUGGAGGACAUCGAGAUCUUUGCCCUCUUCAUCUCCUGCAUGUGCCACGACCUGGACCACAGAGGCACUAAUAACUCCUUCCAGGUGGCCUCGAAAUCAGUCCUGGCCGCGCUGUACAGCUCGGAGGGUUCCGUCAUGGAGAGGCACCACUUCGCUCAAGCCAUCGCCAUCCUCAACAGCCAGGGCUGCAACAUCUUUGACCACUUCUCCCGCAAGGACUACCAGCGCAUGCUGGACCUCAUGAGGGACAUCAUCUUGGCCACCGACCUGGCCCACCACUUGCGCAUCUUCAAGGACCUCCAGAAGAUGGCAGAAGUGGGCUACGACCCCAAGAACAAGCAGCACCGCAGCCUUUUGCUCUGCCUGCUCAUGACGUCCUGCGACCUCUCCGACCAGACCAAGGGCUGGAAGACCACCAGGAAGAUCGCGGAGCUGAUCUACAAGGAGUUCUUCUCCCAGGGUGACCUGGAGAAGGCCAUGGGCAACCGCCCGCUGGAGAUGAUGGACCGGGAGAAAGCCUACAUCCCCGAGCUGCAGAUCAGCUUCAUGGAGCACAUCGCCAUGCCCAUCUACAAGUUGCUGCAGGACCUCUUCCCCAAAGCGGCGGAGCUCUACGAGAGGGUGGCCAGUAACCGGGAGCAGUGGACCAAGGUCUCCCACAAAUUCACCAUCCGGGGUUUGCCCAGUAACAACUCCCUGGACUUUCUGGAUGAAGAAUACGACCCGCAGGCCCCCGACCCCCAGCUCAACGGCUGCCUGGAGCCCGAGGGGGGGCAGCCCGAGGCGGGGGCCGAGUGAUGGGGGCCAUGGGGUGGGGAGGUGGGGGGGGGGGACCAGGAGCAUCCCCAACCCUUGUCCCCCCCAGCCCCUCGGGAGGAGGUUUGGGGGGACAUCAGUGACUCUGGACCACCGCGGUGAGGUCUGCGCCCUGCCAGCACCCGCUGUCGGUCCUUCCCCCACCGGUGGGUGACUGUCCCCUCCUUCCAGGGCAGGGAUUCGGGUGUCCCCUCCACCCGGUGGCCCCCAGACCCCUCUUUGCUGGGACUCUUGCCUUGGUGGCCAGGGUCACCAGGGAGUGGGGAGGGCCACCACGGGGCUGGGGGGAUGGAUGUGCUUUAAAUUGCCUUAAGGCUGCAGGUCCUGUCCCCGCGGGGUGACAAUGGGGACGGUGUCCUUGGUGGAAGCACCCCCAGAGGGGUCGUCCCCCUGAACUGGGUCUGGUGGGGUCAGCAGCACGGAGGGGGACGGCAUGGGGCAGGACGGUGAGGGGCAGUGGGAGUGCUGGUGGGGGUGGGCUGCAGGGGGUGCGUGGGGACCUCAGAGGGGGACAUGGGGCUGUGGGAGAGGAGGCUGAGGACAGAGGGGUCAGGAUCAGGCCCACGGAAGGAGGCCCCGGCUGGAGAAGGGAAGAGGCACCCGGAGCGGGAUGGCCACGGGGAUGCUCUGCUGGAUCCCACCAGACCGGACCCCACCCACGCUGGAGAACCAGCUCCCGCCCAGCAUCCCUUGGUUAAAUGUCCCCCUCCGGGACCCCCAGACAUGAAGGACUCGUGUCCCUCGUCCCAGCCCUGUCCCACGAGGCCACGUCCCCUGCAAGGGCUACAGGCGCGCCAGGGCCGGGGGGGUGUCCUGCUCCUGGCUUGCACGUACCGGGGGGCCUGCGCUCCCACAGGGACACUGCAGCGAGUCCGGUCCCCACCGUGUCCCCACCUUGUCCCCAGCACAUGGGUGUUUCUCUGGCUUGGUACUGUGGUGUCCACCCAGGAGCCUCCUCUCUGCCAGCGGCUGCACCGGUGACCAACUUGUCCAUGAGCAUCCCCAGCUCGCAGUGGCUUCACGAUGUCUGCCAUACUGACCAACCUGCGUGGACCCUGAUGGUCUCCUGUGGUCCCUCUGGUCCUACAGACCACCAUGCAUGGACCCUGAUGGUCUCCUGUGGUCCCUCCAAUCCUGUUGACUGCCAUGCAUUGACCCUACCAGUGUCCCAUGGCCCCUCUGAUCCUGCAGGCCACCAUGCAUAGACCUUGAUGGUUUCCUGUGGUCCCUCUGGUCCUCCAGUGCACCAUGCAUGAACCCUGAUGAUCUCUUGUGGUCCUUCUGGUCCCAUCAACUGCCAUGCAUGGAUCCUGCCAUCCUCCUUUGGUCCCUCUUGUCCCGCUGACUGCCAUGCAUGGAUCUCACCAUCCUCCCAUGGACCUCCUGUGAUGGCCUCCUGUGGUUCCUCUGGUCCUACAGACCACCAUGCAUGGACAGUGAUGGCCUCCUGCAGUCCCUCCGGUCCUACUGAGCACCAUGCAUGGAUCCCACUGGUCUCUCUGCAGUCCCUCUGUCCAUGCAUGGACCCUGCUGGUUUCCCACCAUCCUUCCUGCCCUGCUGACUGCCACGCAUGGACCCUGCCAUCCUCCUAUGGUCCCUCUGGUCCUACAGACCACCAUGCAUGGCUGGUGAUGGCCACCUGUGGUCUAUCCUGUUUUACCAACCACUGUGCAUAGACCCUGACAUCCUCCUGUGGUCCUUCUGAUCCUACUGACCACCAUGCAUGGAUGGUGAUGGCCGCCUGUGGUCCCUCUUGUCCUACCGACCACCGUUCAUGGACCCUGCCAUCCUCCCAUGGUCCCUCUGGUCAUACAGACCACCAUGCAUGGACUAUGCCGGACUCCCCAUGGUCCCUCCAGUCUCACAACCCAACAUGUGUGGACCCCCUCAGCCCCGGGGGCUCUGCUCAACCAGCAUGGUCCUUCCAGCUGUGCAUGACCCAGGUCUUUGUCACCCCAACCAAAGCCACCCGAAACACCCAUGAGCAGGGGGACCAGGGCAGGGUGAGCCCUGGUGAGCAGCUCGCCUUGCCGGGGUUGAGCCAAAGGGAGUGGUUCGGGGAUGAGGGUGGGUGCUGAGCCCCGCCUGGCUGCAUCACCCGGCUCAUGGGAGCUGGUGGGUUCACCAUCACGGCAGGGGAAGGUGAUGGAAGUGGCACGGUGAAAUCCUGGUGCUGCCAAGGUUGGUCCCACUGGGGUUCGAUCCCACCAGGGUUGGUCCCACCAGGGCCGGUCCCACCAGGGUCAGUCCCAUUGGGGUUGGUCCCACCAAAGUCAGUCCCACCAGUGUCAGCCCUACCAGCAUCGGUCCCACCGGGGUCAGUCCCAUUGGGGUUGGUCCCACCAGAGUUGGUCCCACCAGGGUUGGUCCCACCAGGGUCAAGGGCAGCCCGGGUGCAGCCAUGGGGCCAUUCGCCACCCCAUCCCCGCUCCACCACAGCAUCCCACGGCACCAUCCCUGCGCUGAGCCCCGGCGAUGCCGCAGCGGGUCCCCACAGCAUGGCGUGAUGGCUCCCUCCCGGAUCUGGGCUACAGGGCAGCCGCUCCUCUCGUCGUCUCGUCUGGAAGCGACACUUCUCGGGGUACGCGGAGCACGUGUGUCUGCGGGAGCAACGGGGACACCCCAAAGCCAAGCUGCUCCCCAGGACGAAGUGAACUGAAUUCCUUUUGCCUUACCUACUCGGAGAUGCCUUUAGCGAGACGCUUUGCCCAAACCCCGGUAGGAUGCGCCCGGUGACCGUGUCUGGCUGCUGGCCCAUGGCUUCGCCUAUGAGACCCCCCCCCCCCCGGCCUUCAAACCCUUCUCCCCCCUCCCCAUGCCACGAGGUGGGGCAGGGACGGUCCCAGAAGGCAGCAAACCCCCAAACUGCGAGAGGAGGAUCUGCAUCACUCCAUCAGGGGAGAAACUGCAUCACUCCAUCCCCGGCGUGAUGCUGGCCGUGCCACCAACGUGCCAAUGGGCUCCAUCCCCGGCGUGAUGCUGGCCAUGCCACCACCAUGCCAAUGGGCUCCAUCCCCGGCGUGAUGCUGGCCGUGCCACCAACGUGCCAAUGGGCUCCACCACUCCCAACUGGUACCUGUAGCCUGGUGCCAAGCUGGGGGGGGGGGCCUGGCCAUGUGGGGGUCUCGCUGGUGCCGAUGAAUGCGGGUUGGGUCCUGCACUGGGGUGCCGCGUACAGGGUACCACGCAGGGAUGCCCGUUUCCCAGCUGUAUCCCACUUUUCCAGCCCCCGCCGCUGGUGUGAGUAGGUGGUCGAUGCUUUCCCGGCUCCCGCCCCUGUACAUACCCCCAUGGAUACUGGGGAGCGCGGCCGGCACCCAGCCCCGCUCGCCCACGCGGGUGCCCGGGCGUGCGCGGCCGUGCAAAACCUCCUCCAGCUUCUCUGUCUCCCCCUCUCGCCGCGCUGGUUGUUCUGGGCUCCGUCAGAGCCCAAGGAGGAGACAACUCUUCUCCUUCUUCUUCUUCUUCUCCUUCUUCUUCUUCUUCUUCUUCUUCUUCUUCUUCUUCCUCUUCCUCUUCUUCUUCUUCUUCUUCUUCUUCCUCCUCUUCUGCUUCUCCUCCUUCUUCUCCCUUUUCUUCUCCUUCUUCUUCCUCUUCUUCUUCUCCUUCUCCUCCUCCUUCUUCUUCUCCUUCUCCUCCUCCUUCUUCUCCUCCUCCUCCUUCUUCUUCUCCUUCUUCUCCUUUCUUCUUCACCUUUUUCCCUCCUCCUUCUCCUGCUUCUCCUCCCCCUCCUCCUUCUUCUCCUUUUUCUUCUUCCUCUUCUUCUUUCUUCAUCUUCUCCUCCUCCUUCUUCUUCUCCUCCUCCUUCUUCUCCUUUUUUCUUCUCCUUCCUCUUCUUCUUCUCCUCCUUCUCCUCCUUCUUCUUCUUCUCCUCCUCCUCCUUCUUCUUCUUCUCCUUUCUCUUCUCCUUCUUUUUCUUCUCCUUCUCCCUCUUCUUCUUCUCCUCCUCCUUCUCCUCCUUCUUCUUCUUCUUCUUGUUCUCCUCCUCCUCGUCCUCCUCCUCGGUCUUCUUCUUCUACUCCUCCUUCUUCUCCUUCUUUAUUAUUUUUUUUUCUGGUGGGUUUGGUUUUCCUAAAUAAAUUUCAUACGUCGAUCUC